AAUUUGAUUUAAUGGAGCCAAAUCCAUUGGAGUGGCCAGAAAGACAUGUUCUUCAGAAUUUGGAAAACUUUGAAAAAAACAAACAAAAAAUGAGAGUUUCUAUGUUUGCACAUUCAUCUGAGCAAUUGCUAGGGCAUAAAGAUAGCCAGCGGGAGUCAUUGACAUUGCUUGAUGCUAAAGAAUUACUGAAAUAUUUCACACCAGAAGGGCUACCAGUUGGCGAUCUUCAGCCACUACAAAUUCCCAAACGUGAAAAUGCAUUCCUUUUGACACCAGAGCUUACUCCUCGGAAACUCAGAGGUUUGCCUUUUGAAAAAGCAGCUGGAUGCCAUUAUCAUGGACUUGAAUAUUGUCUAGAUAACAGAAGAGCCUUAGAGAGAGAUGUGGGAUAUGCUGAACUUCAAACGCGUCUUAUUCGCUAUGAAACUCAGACUACUUGCACCAAGGAGUGCUGCCCUGUGCCAGGCGUCUUGAGCCCUCUCCCAUCUCCCGCAGUCUUGUCAGAGCCUGGAAGUGUCCCUGAUGGAGAGUCUUUACAAAGUGAAUUCAAAACAGAGGCAGCAAGGCUAAAACGCAGAUCAAAAGACUUGGAUUGUUUUUAUCCCAAGAAAAGGCUAACCAAAUCUGAGAGUACAGAUUCUCUCCUCUCUCAGGCAAGUGGAAGUAGUGGGAGUCACUAUCCAGUUGCUGUAACAAAGAAGCGCUCUGAAAGAUCAGUUUCUUUAGCUUCAAUGCCAUUGAAACAGCCUGGUCAGCCCCACAAAGUAGCCACUAAGGUUGGCUCCGCAAGUCGCAUAAGCACAAUCGAAUCUGAGACUUCAAAGCCAGCUAAGGAAUCGAGAUCUCAGAAACAUACAAGGAUGCUGAAGGAGGUGGUUGCUAAGACUCUUCAAAAACAUGGAAUUGCAGAUGAUCACAAGUGCUUUGCAUCAUGCAGCCAGCGUCUGUUUGAGAUAUCAAAGUUCUACUUAAAGGAUCUUAAAACUUCUAGAGGACUUCUUGAUGAAAUGAAGAAAACAGCAAAUAACAAUGCUAAGCAGGUGAUUGAAUGGGUUUUGGAGAAGACUGGCAAUCAGUAUUUUGUGAAGAGAGUGGAACUCCAGAAUACCCCUGUUCAGGAUUUCCGUGAGGCUGAUCCGCCAUACCUCGG